CAUUAUUUUCCCCCUGCGGCCUUUUCAUGGCCUCUCUCCCCUUCUCUCUUCAGUGCUUCUGUCUGUGUUUACAACGGGUCCGCUGUAGCACGUUCUAAUACUCGACUGCAUGGCUUAAUCGGAGUGCCCUAGCGAUCUGGACUUGUCCGGAGUCCUGAGGGUUGCACCAUUGCGUCGUUAGACGACCUGGUUACGGUCCUCCCCGCAACCAUCGCAAGACUGCGCAGAAGGCCACCACACAAACCCACCACACUUUCUCUGUCAGGGUGGAGCAGAACUCUGUGGUGAUCUCAGCACAGUCCAGAGGUUGCAUGCCUGUAAAAGCAGUGCUCUCAGGGCUUGAAGCCCAAUCGGCCGAAAAUGAGCCAACUCCUCACCACUCGGCAAGCAGAAGAACUGUGAGUCGUGUUGAAAGAGAUGACGGGAUCUUGUUGACCAUUGCAGGCAUAAGUCUAUGAUUGCUUACCUGCUCUCUGUGGGCAUGAACGAUAGUGCGACAGACCUUCGCCGAGAAUCCAAUUUAGCAGACACCUUUGACGAUGCAACUGCGAAGAAGUAUGAGACUCUCCUCGAGAAAAAGUGGACGUCAGUCGUUCGGUUACAGAAGAAAAUCAUGGACCUGGAAGCGAAGAAUGCUGCCCUGCAACAAGAGAUCGAGACCGCCACGCCACUAUCCUGGAACCGCAAGAUUGACCCGGUAACGUGGCUUCCCAGAAGUCCAGCCAGACACACAUUGCAAGGUCACCGUCUUCCCGUGACCUCGGUCGCCUUCCAUCCUAUAUUCUCCUCCUUAGCGUCGGCUUCGGAAGACUCCACCAUCAAGGUUUGGGAUUGGGAGCUGGGCGAGCUGGAGAGGACGUUAAAGGGCCAUACGAAAGCAGUGCUUGAUGUGGAUUUUGGGGGUCCAAGAGGGGGUACACUGCUUGCGAGCUGUAGCAGUGAUUUGACAAUCAGAUUAUGGGAUCCUGGCGAUGAGUACAAGAACAUCCGAACACUGCCUGGUCACGACCACUCCAUUUCCUCCAUCCGAUUCAUCCCCUCCGGCGCUGCUGGUGCGCCUCUUUCGGGGAAUACGUUGGUGUCUGCAUCGAGGGACAAAACGCUACGGAUAUGGGAUGUGACCACGGGAUACUGCUUAAAGACCCUUAAAGGCCAUACGGAAUGGGUCCGAACAGUGAUACCAUCUAUUGAUGGCAGGUUUCUGUUGAGCGCUGGAAACGACCAAGUACCUCGGUUAUGGGAUGCAAGCUCUGGCGAGGUCAAGAUCACAUUUCUAGGUCAUGAACAUGUGGUGGAGUGCGUGGCAUUUGCGCCAAGCGCAUCUUAUGUCCACCUGGCCAGCCUCGCCGGUUACAAGAAGCCACCGCCCCCUAGCAGCAGUGGGGAAUUUUUGGCGACAGGAGGUAGAGACAAGAUCAUCAAGAUUUGGGACAAUCGGGGCACAUGUCACAAGACGCUGGUCGGCCACGACAAUUGGGUUCGAGGCCUCGUCUUUCACCCUGGCGGACGAUACCUGCUCUCAAUAUCAGACGACAAGACUAUUCGGUGCUGGGAUCUGUCACAGGAGUGCAAAUGUGUCAAAGUGGUGGACGAGGCUCACCAACAUUUCAUCAGCAGCAUUAGAUGGGCACCAGAUGUUCCUGUACAGCCAGUUGCCAACCGCGAAAGCAACGGGGUAGCAGCAUCUACCAAAAAAGAAGAUAGUGGAGGACCGGGCAAGAUUCGCUGUGUCAUUGCCACUGCCAGUGUCGAUUUAAACGUACGGGUCUUUGCUGGCUAAGAUGUAGGCUGUAAUCGGAUACUAUGUUGCGGUCAUCUCCAGCAUUCUGUAGAUGGGGAAGUUUUGGAUGUCUGGAGGGAUGCAUAGAAGGAGUGGUCGAUGAUUGUACGAGUAUGACUUACGAGACGACAUGACCGAAAGUGAUUUGUUAUUUCGUUUCCGUCAUUUUUCAUAGUUUCUAGUUCCGUUCAUCAACAACC